AUGGUGAUGCCGUUUGGCAUCAAGAAUGGUGGUGCUACCUAUAUGAGGGCUAUGAAGACAAUAUUUCAUGACAUGAUUCAUAAGGAGAUUGAAGUGUAUGUGGAUGACGUCAUAAUCAAGUCCCGCGAGAGUUCAGACCAUUUGACACAUCUAAGGAAAUUCUUUGGUCGUUUGCGUCGUUACAACUUGAAGUUAAAUCCCGCCAAAUGCGCCUUUGGAAUUCCAGCCGGAAAGUUGUUGCACUAUCCCAUGGCAGCUAAGCUUCGAUUCAAUUUCACGAACAACAUGGUCGAAUACGAAGUUUGUGUUCUUGAUUUGAAAAUGGCCACCAACAUGAGUGUCUACGAGUUGUUGGUUAUUGGAGAUUCAGACCUUUUGAUUCACAAAGUUCAAGGAGAAUGGGAUGUGAAAGACCCAAAGAUUAUACCUUACGUACAGUAUGUGCAGAAGUUGUGCAAAAUAUUUCGUAAGAUCGAGUUCAGACAUACUCCCAGAAUACAUAAUGAAUUGGCCGAUGCUUUUGCCACCAUCGCUUCGAUGAUUAAACAUCCGGACACAGACUGUAUUGAUCCUAUGGAUAUAGAGUUGAAAGAACAUCGAGUCCAUUGUUCCCAUGUUGAAGCACAACCACACGAUUUGCUUUGGUAUUUUGAUAUAAAAAAGUAUUUGGAAUCUGGAACUUAUAUUGAAGAUGCUACGUUCAAGCAAAAGAAGUCGAUACGCCGUAUGGAUCUCAAUUUCUUUAUAAGUGGAGAAGUCCUUUAUAGGAGGACUCCAGAUUUGGGUCUUCUCAGAUGCGUUGAUGCUGCGAAGCUUAUUGAAUAG